AUGGCAAAGAUUGAAAAAAAGUACACUAAAGAGUAUAAGAUUAAAGAAAUUCAGAAGAAUCUGCUUAAGCGAGCCAGGUUAAAGAAACAGUACUUGAAAAGUUUGAAAGAAGAGGGUUACGAGCUUCCAGAGAAACAAACAAAGCCUAGAUUGCCGUUAGAGCAGUUGAAAAAGGAGAACAAACGCAAGGUAGACGAAAAGAAGGAGUUCAAACGCCAGAGAAAGCAGACAGAGAAGGAAAAAGCCGAGAAGAGAAGACAGAAUGAAGUAGAGAAGGUAAUGAUUGCGAAGCAGAAACAAGAAAUAAGAGAGAAGAAGAGAGAGAAAUUAACACGCAAGACACGUACUGGACAACCUUUGAUGGGUCCGAAGAUUGGCGACCUUUUAGAUAAGAUAAAAAAUGAUUCUACUUACACGUCUUAG